AUGAAGCCCGCAUCGGUCUAUAAUCGAGGCGAGUUGGACCGAAAUGACCGAGAGCCUGGCUGGUACCCUGUGCCAUAUGGUAGAAUUUCACGGAAGACCGCACCGACACAGCCGGCCUGUUUGCAUUUCAGAAAAGACCUGAACAUUCCAACAGAGAUUCCAUCCCCUCUCACUCUUCAAAUAAUAGCCGAUACACGAUACAAACUGUACGUGAACAGCCAACGAGUCGCUUUCGGCCCGGUCAAGGGAGACCGGAGUCUUUGGUUUUACGACGAUGUUGAUAUCGCGCCUUUUCUUCGACCUGGUCGCAACGACGUCGCAGUUCAUGUCCUCCGUCUCUUUCAUGCCACAACCUUUGCACUCUCUUUUGUAAGAUCACCUUUCGGUGGGCUUCGAAUCGUGGUUUCGGAACAAGACAGAUGUUGGGCAAGUCAGCUGGAAAGCAGUGCCUCAUGGGAGACAGCAAUCGAUCCUUCUACCACGCUGCGAGUUGACGAACUGGAGGACUAUUUCCUUCACAUUUAUGAGAAAACCUCACAGAAAAGAAGUGAGGCACCGAACUUGAUUUGGAAGCUAGCCAUGAUCCGAGAAUUCAAGAAUUCGACCGGAAGUGCGCUGCCGUGGAACCUCUCGCCGCGCCUAUUGCCUCUCCAUAAAGUCACAAGAGUCCACUGCUCAGCUGUUCACAAGGUCGAAAGCAUCAUUGCUUCACAGCGGUGGGGGGCAGUCCUGACCGAUAGACAUGACGACGAAAGUGGUCUGCUGCUCCCUGCUGGAACAAAGCAUCAAGUUGAUGUGGAAAUGCCAACCCAUAUGACGGCUUUUCUCCGGAUUCGCUUCAAACGUCCUGUGACAAAUGACAGUGUGCUUCGGAUCGUAUAUUCGGAAUGGUACGAAGCUGAACCCGAAUCGACACCGUGGCUAUACGCAUGCACGUUGUCCACAGCGGCGCAACUGGUAACUGCGACGGGAAGACUAUCUAUCGCCCAAGAGUAUCAAAGUCGGGCCGAGCAAAUCAUUGAGGCCAUAAGGGUACAUUGCUAUGACGGCGAGUUCUUUGCCGACACCUUGGUGAAGGAGGCCAAGCCAGUCGACUACAGUCUGCACUGCCAGGUAUGGGCAGUCCUGAGCGGAACAGUUGCCGGGCCAGAGGCACAAGAUCUGCUGCGAAAAAGCCUGCAGAAAAGGAGUGCUGGCUUAUUCACCGAGGAAUCCGUCUCCAUGUCCUUCUACACGCUGAGAGCACUGAGUUUAGCCGGCGUGCAAUUUGUGUCGUUGUAUGAGUUCAUGUCCGAGGUCGCAGGUAUUCGUCCUGCGCAAUCGGGAUGGGCAGUGACCCAGUUUCGACCACGACUAGGACUCUCUAGACAACUGAGAGCCACGGUUCCGUUGAAGAUGACAGACGGAAUCAGCUCCGGCGUCGUCCAUAUUUCCUGGUCCUUUUUGGGUGGCGAGAUCGUGAUUCGCUUACAGGCGGGCUUGACUGGAUGCAACUCCAUCCCGGUCGAUGUCGCGCUCCCCGGUCAAGAGACCCGAAUUUUCUUAGACAAAGAUGGGUUUCAAUGGGUCAUACAGCAUAAAGAUGUUCAGCGACAUGGAGCAUAG